GUGCGCGCCAUCGAUAGAAGUUGUCUGGAGUAAACAUCUGGAGACAGAACGAGUGCAUAAGCGCGCUGUGUCGCACCGAGUGUUUCUGAACUGGUUUAACUAUGACAGCAGAUUGUCAGCGCAUUUAGUAGACGCGCUCAGGCAUUAGGGACAGGUACGCUGACCAUAGAGACUCCAAAGUGUGCAUUUAUCUGUCUAUUUUUAUCCCGGGAUAAACUUCGCUAUGACUUCGCGCGAGGACGCACAGGAGCAGAGCCGGCGCUUCUGCGUCUUGUCGUGGGAGCAGGUGCAACGUUUGGACUCCAUCCUCGGGGAAAGUGUGCCCAUCCACGGCCGCGGCAAUUUCCCAACCCUGUCAAUUUCCCCACGGCAGAUCGUGCAGGUGGUCAGGGCCAGACUGGAGGAUCGAGGUGUGGCAGUCCAUGAUGUGAAACUGAAUGGAUCAGCUGCAAGCUACGUACUUUACAAGGACACCGGCUUAGGCUACAAGGACCUGGAUCUGAUCUUUGGCCUGAGUCUGAGUGAUGACAGGACGUUUGAUGUGGUAAAGGAGGUGGUCCUGGCCAGCCUGCUGGACUUCCUGCCAGCCGGAGUGAACCGUGAGCGCCUCAGUGCCCUUGCCCUCAAGGAGGCAUAUGUGCAGAAGCUGGUUAAGGUGCGCACUGACACAGACUGCUGGAGCCUCAUCUCUCUUUCCAACAAUACUGGCAAGAAUGUAGAGUUGAAGUUUGUUGACACGCUACGGCGCCAGUUUGAGUUCAGCGUGGACUCGUUUCAGAUCGGUCUCGACUCGCUGCUGCUGUUCGACCGCUGCUCUGAGGCACCCAUGUCUGAGAGCUUUCACCCAACUGUUAUUGGUGAGAGCAUGUACGGUGACUUCGAGGAAGCUCUGGAUCACCUGCGUUCCAAGAUUAUUGCUACACACAGUCCCGAGGAGAUCCGUGGAGGAGGGUUGCUGAAAUACUGCCACCUGCUGGUGCGUGGCUUCAGGCCAGCGUCGGAGGAGCACAUGAAAACGCUACAGCGCUACAUGUGCUCACGCUUCUUCAUCGACUUCCCAGAUGUAGGUGAGCAACAAAGAAAACUUGAGGCGUACCUUCAGAACCACUUCGCUGGAAUGGAACACAAACGCUACGAGUGCCUGGUGACCCUGCGGAAUGUUGUUGAUGAAAGCACCGUAUGCCUGAUGGGUCACGAGCGGCGACAGACCCUGGCACUCAUCUCAGCACUGGCGCUGCGCACGCUUACCGAACAGAAUGCCAUCCCUGCGCUCCCUAACGUCACCUGCUACUACCAACCUGCUCCGUAUGUGCAUGACGGGAACUUUAGCAACUACUACGUGGCUCAAGUGCACUCUCCUGCAAACACUUAUCGGACAUGGCUGCCCUGCAGCUGAGUCACAAGAAGAGGCAGAUGGCUUCAAAAAUGCAUUUCAGUUCUGAGCUAUUUUUAUGAGUGUAUGCCUUUCCAUACACAUCAUACUUGAGAGAAGAAGAAAUAAAAGGGGAAAAUAUUAGUUAUUAUAACUUUCCUUUUACCUAAUUUCUUGUGUACUGUCACCUGUCUCCACAAAAACAAUGAACACUGCUGUAACCAUAAAACAGGUUUGAGCCAUUCUUUGUUGUUUUCAGCCAUACAUAUUAUAAAUUCACGUGCAAAAGUAUAGGGGAAGUGAGAGGAAAAAAUUCUGAAGCAGUUCUCUACCUUACUUUUUCAGAUGUAAUCCAGUUUUGUUGAAAUGUAUAUAGUUUUUUUGUGUAUGUAUAUACAAUAAAUGUUUAUAACGUAAAAAAAAGUCCCAAACAUUCUGCAGAGAAAAGAAAAUCUGAUAAGAUUUGAUAAGAGUGUGCAGAAGGCUAAUGUUCAGGUCUGAUUAUGGUUUUUAACUUCUUUCUUAUUUGAGAACCAAAGAUUUUAUUUUGAAGCUCCCUGAAUUGAAUUAUGUCUGUGAUUUAAAGUGCCUGAAACCUGACUACAAAACACAAAAGUAUGAAACAGUUUCAUCCUUUGGGAUUUUGUACAGUGUAUUUUAAUGUUCAGCAUCAGGGCAUUUUCUUAUUAAAUACCAAAUAAAAAAUAAUUAAAUGUUUGUUUUUAGUGUAUUUUUAUUGUUGUAUUUUGUUUGUAUGUAUGUAUACUUUGGGGAGUUUUUAAAAUAAUUAACUCCAUCCAUCUAUCUAUCUAUCU